AUGCCAUUUCUUGAUCGCCCAAGUCAGAAUCUUCCUAUAACAGCAUUGGAAAAACAAUCCAUCAACGGCACCGAGUACGCAGCGCCUUCAAUCGGAUAUUUUAGGUCCAGCGUCCCCGUUCCCGCAGUAGCAAAGCUAACUAUUCCUGGUGUAUGCACAGAUUAUCGCUUUACUGCAAACGAUCUAAUCAAUGAGGGUGAGCUGGGACACGGUAACUUUGCAUUUGUUCAAAAAAUGCGGCAUCGAAAGCUUACUUGCUCAAUGGCAGUGAAGAUUGUUCGGUCAGUGUUAAAUGAGCGUGAGAAAAACAAAUCCCUUAAGGAUCUGCACAUUAUUAUGAAAUCGAAAUUCGAACGAAUUGUCACCUUUUAUGGAGCCAUAUUUCAUGAGAGUGAAUGCUGGAUCUGUAUGGAAUUAAUGGACUCCUCUCUUGACAAGUUCUACAAAAUGGUCUAUUUGGAGCGCAAAUCAUUUAUCCCAGAGGCUGUGCUCGCGAUGAUUACCGUUGCUGUGAUUUAU